AUAAAGUUCAUCUCCACGUUGGAAGUGGUUGAAACUACGUUGUACCAGGCCCAGUUAUUAUCGAGUCAAACGCCGUAUCUGCUAGGGGAAGGAAAGUCUUAAUCAGUAGGCAAGUCUAACUUUUAAAAAAUCCCUCAUUGAAACAAAGACGCAUAUCGACUGAGGAAGUGUUUAUUUUUCUUCUUCAUACAUACUAUUCUUCGUGUAUCAACCCUCGAGAAAAGUUUCCACAUCGGACAUCAAGACUUCCAGAGUUGCCUCCGAGUUGAGGUUAGAAAAUUACUUCUUUUGAUAUCCUCAAAAUAUUAUUGACAACGGAUUGCAAUUUCUCAUUCUAAAUUGUUUAUUGCAAUUUCGAAGUUUGAUGUUUGGAUUUUUAUUUCAACAACCAUCUUCGAGAUAAAUACGGGGCAGUGUCUGCCCACCAAGAUGGAAGCUACGUUCUAUGACGAAUCGGUAAAUGGUCAACAAGGAACAGUGGGUGGAUAUCAUGGGUUUAACCCGAAAAGUAUGAAACAGAGUAUGACACUGAACCUCAACGACCCUAAAAUGUUUAAACCUCAUCUGCGGGCGAAAGCCAUCGACAUAUUGACAUCCCCUGAUGUGGGGUUAUUAAAACUGGCCUCUCCGGAAUUGGAAAGGCUCAUCAUACAAUCUUGCAAUGGGUUGACUACUCCGACACCAACUCAGUUUCUCUGCCCAAAGAACAUAACUGACGAGCAAGAGGGUUUUGCCGAGGGUUUCGUGAGGGCGCUCGCGGAGCUUCAUUAUCUACAGCAUAUGCCCAGUGACAGCUCAGAAACUCAGACGAAUGCUCCCAACGGCAUGGCAUCCGCAUCUAGUGUGUCGGACAGUCCUAUAUCUUACAGCUGCACUGUGCGCCCCGAACCACCGGAAUACACCAACUUGGGCACUUUCAAUCGUGCUGUCAAUUCUACUUCGGAACCUUCUGGUGACAGACACUCAUCUGCAAGUUACACGCCCGUCCCGUCCCAAACCCACAAUGAGCCCCAGCAUUCAGUACAGCACCCACGGCUACAGGCAUUUAAAGAGGAGCCUCAGACGGUGCCCGAGAUGAGCGGCGAUACCCCUCCGCUUUCUCCAAUAGACAUGGAGAGCCAGGAGCGGAUAAAAGCCGAGAGAAAGCGCAUGAGGAACAGGGUGGCCGCGUCCAAAUGCCGGAAAAGGAAGCUGGAAAGGAUCUCAAGGCUGGAGGACAGGGUCAAAAACCUGAAGACCCAACACACAGAGUUGAUUUCCUCUGCCAACGGGCUCCGGGACGAACUGGCACUGCUCAAACAGAAGGUCAUGGACCAUGUUAACAGCGGGUGCCAACUCAUAUUGACGCAACAGCUUCAAGCGUUUUGAAUGGCCAAAAGACUGCGCUUUCGUUUUGAGCAAUAUACAUUUCAUUAAGGGACCAAACGUCGCUCCUGUAGGGGCAUGAUACCCUAGCCUACUUCGACUUUGUUACCCGAACAAAUUGUGGGGGAAAAAGAACUAUAUAAUAAUAGUAUAUAAUAGGCUAGUGGUGGCCAAAGCCAAGCAGUGCAAAGGCCUGUUGCCCGGUGACGAGUUUUGACAUUGUCUAGUAUGUACAUAGACCAAGUCUAGCACUGAGUUUUCUCACCAGCGACACGUUGUAGCCUACAAUGUAACACUAUUUAAGACAUUGCUUUAACAUAUCUUGUGCGAGAACUGUCUCACAAGUGUGUGUACUAGGUCUGACACAAAACUGCCUUACUUUCUUAACUUUUACAUUAAUAACAACUUUGUUGAAAGGGUAUAACACAUUUUAGACCUUAAUACUUUAGCAUAAUACUGUUUUAUGCCUGUCUUUUGAGCACUUCAGAAACUGUAUGUAUUAAACGAAAAAUAAAAUCUGUAAUAAAACGUACGCCUUUUUUAAUAUUUUA